AUGCUGUCCACCCGAGUGAGCCCCAAGCUGUGCUCUCCCCAGCACGUUGCCAAGCUCGGCCGCUCCGUCGCGCCUCUUGCUCACGGCCAGUGCCUGCUCGUCUACCCGGCGAGCGGCCGCCUGUCGUGCACUGCCCAGUGGCAGGCACACCACCGGCAGGCACAGACCCCGCGGUCGUUCUCGACCACGAGCGCCAACCAGCUCCGGGACUUCUUCCCGAUCAAGGAGACCAAGCAUAUCCGAGAGACCCCCCCGGCAUGGCCUCACCACGGCUACACCGAGGAGGAGAUGCUGGCCGUCGUCCCCGGCCACCGCCCGCCUGAGACGCUAGGAGACCAGUUCGUCUGGAAGUUCAUGCGGUUCUGCAGAUGGGGCAUGGACCUGGCCACGGGCCUGUCGAGCGAGCAAAAGUCGGACAAGAAGAACCCGACGACGGCGGUGGCGGCCGUCAAGCCGCUGACCGAGGCGCAGUGGCUCACGCGCUUCAUCUUCCUCGAGUCGAUCGCGGGCGUGCCCGGCAUGGUGGCCGGCAUGCUGCGGCACCUGCACUCGCUGCGGCGGCUGCGGCGCGACAACGGCUGGAUCGAGAGCCUGCUCGAGGAGUCGUUCAACGAGCGCAUGCACCUGCUCACCUUCCUCAAGAUGUGCGAGCCGGGCUGGUUCAUGAAGGUCAUGCUGCUGGGCGCCCAGGGCGUCUACUUCAACCUGCUCUUCGUCACCUACCUCAUCUCGCCCAAGCUCACGCACCGCUUCGUCGGCUACCUCGAGGAGGAGGCCGUGCACACGUACACGCGCUGCAUCAAGGAGAUCGAGCAGGGCUGCACGCCCAAGUGGUCCGACCCCGACUUCCAGAUCCCCGACAUCGCCGUCAAGUACUGGCGCAUGCCCGAGGGCAAGCGCACGAUGCGCGACCUCAUCCUCUACAUCCGCGCCGACGAGGCCGGCCACCGCGGCGUCAACCACACGCUCAGCAACCUGAACCAGAAGGAGGACCCGAACCCCUUUGUCAGCGCCUACAAGUCCGGCGCGCACCCGCCCAACGCCAUGGCCAAGCCCGCCGGCUAUGAGCGCGAGGAGGUCAUGUAG